AUGAAAGGGUUUGGGCUAUUUCUCACGUGUCUACUUUGCAUCUUCAAGAAGGGUUUGCAAUCCAAUGGCUGGUCCAUUCAGGUUCCAUCAGAUGCUACUGGUGAGAUUGGAAAGGGGGUUGUUCUGGCCUGUACUUUCACACACCCCCACAAAACAUAUGACCGGACUCUCACAACCAUUUGGAGGAUCAAGGAACCUUACGAUGGGAUGGUGGUGUUCAAAUGUGUUACUCACAGCUCGAGCGACCUCUGUAAAACUGCAAUUAGCUACAAGAACAAGUACAAACUGAUUGGGAACCCCAGGCACAAUAACCUCUCCAUCAAGAUCGAUAACCUGACCUGGAGUGACAGCAACAGAUACUUCUGCCGGGUGGAGUUUUCUGGGGAUCUUCAUGACAAGUACGAAAGCAGGACUGGGAUAAGACUCCAUUUGAUAGCUGCUCCCAGGAUUGUUAACAUCACCAUCGGCUCCAACCAGGACCGUACCUUCAGAGCGCAGUGUACCGCCGAAGGGGAGCCGCUGCCCUCUCUGACAUGGACCGGCCCUCUCUUCAGCAAUGCCACAUCGGUCACAAGCUUGAACCACCAGAUAACCAAAGAGUUGCACUAUCUGACUCACGAUGGAAAAUACACGUGCACGGCCGUUAACAGCCACGGGCGUGCGGAGGGAGCCGUGUAUUUCUAUAAAUUCAAAGCAGCAAGCGGCUCCUUGAUUCUGAUCCUGAUGUAUGUAACGCUAGGAAUAAAAGUGCUGCUGCUGCUGGGGAUAUUAGGAAUCGCUGUUUUUUGGAGGGCAGGUCAUGUCACAGCCCCGUCCAGACUGUCCAGGCAGCAGGCGCAAGACUCUACAUAUGAAAAUCUUGACCGCAGAAACAACUGUGUCAGUCAGAGUUUGCCGACAGAAUGACCUGCAGCAACUUGGCCUUUGGAAUCUGGACCACAUCAUUUUCACGUUUACACAUGUUGAUCUACUAUUCAUUACACGUAGAACAAAACAGGUUAUGUUUGUGUGUCUUUUCUCCAACAAGGUGCAUAUGUACUACUGGGCUCUGAUGCAUGGAAUGUCAGACUGGUCA